CAAGACACCGUUGUUGCGGCCUCUUACGUUUUUGUGUACAGUUACCUUUAACGUUACGCAGCUAUCACUACUGUAUAGUGACGAUCUAGGCGGCUUUUGACACCUAAGCGCUCUGCAACGUAUUUUCGGCGAUUGAAGGAUUGAUUGGAUGCGUGUACAGUGACAGUUGAUGCACGUGUAACGUAAACGUGUAAAAAUGGAUCUAAUUCGGAAAUUCUCUAUCAAAUGCGUGGUGGUUUGUGAUGAAGUGCUGUGAAUAUUAAGUGCAAAAUUAUUGGAUUAUAUCGCUAAAAUUUAUUUUUUAUUAAAAGGCGAAACUGGUCGAAUUAAAUGGAGAAACAAAAAAAGUUGGUUUUCUUGCAACUAUUAUGAAGAGAUGGAGGAUAUAUUGCAUCAAACGUACCAAGAACAGGGAUAAAAUUUUCGGUCCCAUAGAAACAGGCUAAAUUAUGUUAACGACGCCAAAAACUGCAUAUUCGCGAGUUUUCAAAAUAUAAUAAAAAAACUUGAAUUGAAAAGUGAUACGAGUUACCAAACAUGCUGAAAAACAAUAGAAAGUGUAAAGUUGUGUUUUGUAAAUAUUAAAUAGUAAAGAUUUUUAUCAGCAACUAUAACCGCCAAAAUGUUUGAAAUGUGGAACAAUGUUACUACGAAGCUGGAAGUGCAACAAUCGCAAGUGCAAUCUCAGCAACCGCACACAUCGGGUGGAUCGAUAAAAGCACAAAUCGAAAUAAUCCCGUGCAAAGUAUGUGGAGACAAAAGCAGUGGUGUCCACUACGGGGUGAUCACUUGCGAGGGCUGCAAGGGCUUCUUCAGGCGAUCGCAGAGUUCGGUGGUAAACUAUCAGUGUCCGAGAAAUAAAAACUGUGUAGUGGACAGAGUUAAUAGGAACAGAUGUCAGUAUUGUCGGUUGCAAAAGUGUCUGCGACUUGGAAUGAGUCGGGAUGCUGUAAAAUUUGGUCGGAUGUCGAAGAAACAACGAGAAAAAGUCGAAGAUGAAGUGAGGUUCCACAGGGCACAAUUACGGGCACAGAGCGAUUCAGCACCCGACAGUUCAGUGUUCGAACAACAGACGCCUUCGAGUAGCGACCAAUUACAUCAUAGUUAUAAUGGAGGGUACACCUACAACAGCGAUGUCGGCACAUACACCCCAGCGUCGUACUACACGGGCACGACGCAGGUGCAGGCCAACUCGAUGGGCUACGACAUCUCGGCCGACUACGUGGACAGCACGACGGCUUACGACCCGCGGCCGGGAUUGGACGCGCUCAGCGACACCGGCAGCCUCUUGGCCAAUGUCGUCACCACAGGAAAUACUAACACAAACGCCGGUAGCGGCGGCAAACAAACCUCCACCACGACGAUCACGCUCGCCUCCUCGGACUCUCGCAGCACGUUUAAACGGGUCCAGCAAGCGACGUCGGCGGCAGGCGGCGCCACCGUCGUCUCCGUGAAACAAGAGGGCGCCGCCAAUGCCGCCAACGACAGCCUAGUACCUAGCUAUGUAGACAGUACGACGUUCGUAAACUCGCCCAGCGUUCAGCAAUCGAGCGGCGGCGCGCCGCAAAGAACGCAGCAAAACACUAGUAGUAGUGCGCAAAACGUGCAACAGAGGACCAGCGGGGACGUUGACUGCGAGCCGGUCACUUUGCCCAAUCCGAGUCAGAUAUCCGAGCUGCUAUCGAAGACAAUAUCAGACGCGCACAACCGCACGUGCUUGUACCAGCUGGAGCACAUCCACGAGAUGUUCAGGAAGCCGCACGACCUCACGCGCCUGCUCUUCUACAAGAACAUGGCGCACGAGGAGCUGUGGCUCGAGUGCGCCCAGAAGCUCACCACGAUCAUCCAGCAGAUCAUCGAGUUCGCGAAGAUGGUGCCCGGCUUCAUGAAGCUGUCGCAGGACGACCAGAUCGUGCUGCUCAAAGCUGGCAGCUUCGAGCUGGCCAUCAUCAGGAUGUCGCGCUACCUGGACCUGUCGCAGAACUGCGUGCUCUACGGCGACACGAUGCUGCCGCAGGAGGCGUUCUUCACUUCCGACACGGCCGAGAUGAAGCUGGUCAAGUGCGUGUUCGAGCUGGCCAAGAGCAUAGCCGAGCUGAAGCUGACGGAGACCGAGUUGGCGCUGUAUUCCGCUUGCGUUCUACUGUCGCCAGAUCGGCCUGGUUUGAAAGGCCUCGGCGAAAUUGGACGGUUGAGCCAAGCGGUCGUAAGAGCUUUAAGACUUGAACUAGAGAGGAACCACAGCCUUCCCAUUAAGGGAGAUGUUACAGUUUGUGAUGCCUUGCUUACAAAAAUACCUACAUUAAGAGAAAUAAGUAUGCUUCACAUGGAUGCAUUGGGAAAGCUAAAACGAUCUGCCCCUCAUCUAGAGUUCCCUGCACUGCAUAAGGAGUUAUUUAGUGUGGAUAGUUGAAAACUUUCCCAUGUCUCCUGAUCUGUAGCGGCAGACUUGUGUAGCUACUAUUCCUUCAUACUGAAUGUAUCGGCCUUAAUUACAUAAAUAAUAUAAAUUUAACUAUAAUUUCGUUAUAAUGAAAUAAAAUUUAUUGUUGUGACAUAGAAAUUUAAAAGGAUCGCAGAUCUCUACUGUUAAGUGACGCCUUUUAAAAAACUGCAAAACGUUGUUCGAAGCCAGGCCCUGAUUUCAAAGUACAACUUAUACGUUCGUUGUUUGUUAUUAUAUCUAUCCAGUGUGUUAUAUGGUUCAGAAUCCACGGUGCUGAUUUUUUUGUUUGGGAAUUUUGAUUUUUGCGGUUUUUUAAAUACGAUCAUUUAUCAAAUUAUCUGCCACUCAAAAUAACACGCUAAUACACAUAAGAAUAAAGUUAUACACUAUUGAUAUAAUAUAUAUGGACACCAUGCUAAAGGAAUAGUAAAAGUUUAUUCUAGUUUUAAGACUGAAUUUACUUUGUUAUGGAUAAAACAUACAAACCAAUUUGCAACACCAAAAUUACUCAUAUCUGAACAUCUGUUUUGUUUUUAAAUGUUUUUGAUUGUUGUGUCUUUUUACGUACUAUUAUUUUAUAUUUAAGGUAUUUAUUGAAAAGUUUGUGAUAUAAAAUAAAAAAAUCUUUAUGUCCAUUUCAUAUAGUGAUGAUUCAGCCUUAAAAGUAUGUUAAAUAUAGUUAGACUGCGUAAAUAUACGUACGUAUACUGAAAUGUUAUAUGAAUCACUUUAGUUUUUAGAUAUAACUCUAGAACCUUACAAUACAUAAUAGAAGACUGUAAUGCUUAAAUAAUGAAUUUUUACUAUUUUUUACGUGGUGCUUUUUAGUUAAGUUUUUCUUGGUGACACAUGGUUUUAUAAAAAUAUAUAUAAAGAGAUGUAUAUGUAUAAAGUAUAUGAAAUAGAAUAUAGAGUAUUUAUGAAAUAGAACUAUAUCUGACUUUAAUUUACACUCACUGUUGUUUUGUUGUGGAUCUGAGGAAUCCAUCCAAAAUAAAACAAACAUUAAAACGUGAUAAAAAUACAGACAGAGAAAACAUUUCGAUCGGAAUAAAACUAGCUUUGCAAAUCAUUACCUAUUUAGAAAUUACAUAAACAUAUUUCGAUAAUCUUAAUUAAUAAUUAUAAAAUACUUGAGGCAUUAAAAUAUUAAUAAAUAAUAGUUAAAAAUAAUAUCACUUACUGAAUACAUAAAUACGUAAAGAAAACGAAUAUUUAUGACAAAUAUGUUACAAGAAACACACUUGUUUGUCAUAAGUAUGAGUUUUCCAAUGUGCAAGUUUAAAUUUAAGAUAUUUUGCAAUAAUAACGUUUUAAUUUUAAUUAUAAUAGUUUGUACUAAUAUGUACAUAGGCAAAACACACUCCUGAAUUAGAUUUUCAUGUAACUGUAGUUUAGUUAACGGAUUAAAAAUCUCGAUCGACAAUCUAGUUUUAUGUAAAAACAACACAGUAAAAUUAUGUGCAAUAUUAUUUCCCAUUUCACAUAUUGGUAUUUUUGAACUAAAAAUCUCCUAAUUGACGUAAGACGGUGGUUUAAAUUAAGCUUUAGCAACUAAAACGGGUGUUUUAUAUCGUAUAAUUAAAUAAGUGGAUAAGGUUUAAUAAAAUAUGACUUAUGUGUGUAAUUUAAAAUACCAAUGUUUGAAAUUUAUUUCCACAAGUUGUUGUUUAUGUAAUUUCUUUUUCAAAAUGCCAGGAUACAUAGUUCUAAUUUUAAGUUAGGUUUAAAGUGCUUGUUAAUGUUAACCAUUGUUAAAUGCAUAUAUUGUUUAUUUUUAGUCUUUCAACCCAGUGUUAUAAAACUAUUUAUGUUUGUUGUAGAAAAUUAACAUCACAUGUUUAUUUUUUAUUGAAAAUUUAUAUAUUAUUAUUAUUAUUAUUAUUAAUGGUUUUGUAUAGAGAUUUUAUAUUAUAUUAUUGUUAGUUGUAAGGGGUAGACAUUUGACAAUGGUUAACAUUUAUUUUAUCAAGAGGCUAUUGGUUAUGGGUGUGCCUAGCCAACUUAAUGUUUAACUUGAAUUUUCGGUUGUGCUAGUCGCGUCCAUGACAACUUAUGAUAUGUAAUUUGCCUUUUAUGUUAACUUUUUGUUAAAUAAAUAAAUAGUUUUUUUAACGAUUUUGAUUUAAUCAAUUUCCUGCUGAAAUCUGCGUAAGACAACUAUUUAACGAAGAGUUAUGUUACAAAAAGUUAAGUUACAAAAAUUGUAGAAUAGCCAUUUUCUGUAAAAUGAAGGGUUGGCAAAGGGUAAUGGUAUCGCUAUUGUUGAAUAUUAAUUGAUUAUUUUAUAUGUACAAAAACAGUACGUUGCAUUAAUUUGAUAGAAACUUUGCAUCUGGUUAAAUUUUAGUAUAGUCGCUAAAAUUACGUUUUUAUAUAUUUCAUUUCUGUUGGUUUAUAGCAAUUAAUACUAUUUGUCGAUAUUUUUGUUGAAUUUGUGGACGUAUUUUUAUAUUGUAAAUCGUAAAUGUUUAGAUUUUUUAUUCUCAUCAAAGUGCAAUUCUUAGAAAUGGGUGACAAAAAUAUCAUCAAAUAAAACUAAUUGUUCCAUGCGCCAGUAGAAGUUACAUAUAUUUUUUGUAUUAAUUUCUUUGAUUUUUUUUCACCCCAUAACCCCUAAUACAUUCCUGUUUCUUUUAUUUAUUGAUCAUUCAUACUUUUUUAGUGUACUGAAACAAAAUGUAAAAUUUAAUGCAUGCCACCUUUAUAUUAAAAUCUUUGUAAAGGAAAAUAUACUUUUAUUAAAAAAACUAAAUAAGCAAAUACAAUAAAUAGGUAAGUAUCUCCAUUUACCAUUUAAAUUAAUUAAAUUUUAAAAAACGAAAAUAGAGGUUUUACGAAAACACAUAUUCGUGAUACCGAAAUAAUGCUAUAUAACUAAAUUUACUUCUAUACAAAAACGAACGUUUUUUUACAAAAUUUAAUUUAUGGGAGUAUUUCAGUCCAGAAAAAUUAAAUUAAAAAAAAAAAAUAUAUACACUACAUUAUAAUCAGACACAUGUGGCUAAUUUUUUUUGUGCCCAUAUAGAAUAACACUUUUAACAUUUAUUAUUAUUUAUUUUACUUAACUUAAUAAUACAAAAAAUUCAUGCUUAAAAAAUACAUUAAAUUUUAUAAAUUGUAGUAUUUCUUACGUAACAGCAGGAAAGAAUCCAUAACGUUA